CUUACUUUAAUGACUAUCAAACGUCAAGCAUUAAAAGAUGCGGUGAAAUCGCUGGUUUAAAGGUAUUACGUAUAAUUAAUGAAGCAACCUCGGCAGCUAUUGCUUAUGGUUUAAAUAAGAAAGCCUGUGGUGAACGAAACGUUAUUGUCUAUGAUUUAGGUGGUAGAUCUUUUGAUAUCUCCCUCCUAAAUAUCGAAGGAGGAAUUUUUGAAGUAUAUCUGUUGCUUAUUGGCGAUGAAGAUUUCAACAAUCGACUUGUACUGACAGCUUGUGAACGUGCAAAGCGUGAACUUUCAUCAUCAUUAAAAGCUUUCAUAGAAAUAGAUUCCCUCUACGAGGGUAUCGAUUUUUAUACCUCAUUAACACGUGCAAAAUUUGAAGGAUUGAAUCAAAGACUUUUGUGGUUCAAUAUGAAUUCUGAAUUUUUCAAUGGUAAAGAACUAAACAAAUCUAUUAAUCCUGUUGAAACCAUGGCCUAUGGUGCCGCCAUUCAAGCUGCAAUUUUAUCUAGUGAUACUUCUAAAAAAAACCAAAGAUAUCUUUUAUUCGAUGUCGUUGCUUUAUCUCUUGAAUUUGAAAAUCAAUCAGAAAUACUUAUUAACGUUUAUGAAGGAGAAAGUGCCCGUGUAAAGGAUAACAACUUGCUCGGAAAAUUCGAAUUGACUAGAAUUCCAUCAGCACAAAAGGUGUCCGCUGUUGAUAAAAAACUGGAAGAUCGAAGAAAACCAUCACGAAUAACAAAGUAG